AUGUUCCUGAAGUCGUCGUUCACCACCCUGGUGGUGGGUGUUUUCGUGAUGUACGUGGUGCACACCUGCUGGGUGAUGUACGGCAUUGUGUAUACCACACCAUGCGAGCCGCCUGAAGGCACCAGCUGCAUUACCCCCUUCUUAUCGACCGACCCCAAACUCCAGAUGAGUAUCUACACAGCCCUCCAACCCAGCGCAGAAAAGGGACACACUCUCAUCCACAAAGAGGAAAAUUUUAACAUCAACGAAAAGUUCGAGAGAGCCAUCAACAUCUCCAUACCAAAGAAAACACGCAACAACGGUACUCUGUACGCACUGGUGUUUGUCCACCAAGCUGGCGUCCACGCGUGGGACGACCCGCGACAGGUGCACGCGGCGGCUCAGCUCACUACUUACAUGGUGCCCAAACCGCCUGAAAUAUCGCUUAUAUCCGGAGAGGACCAAACACAGGGGAAAGAAGCCCGCCAGACCCAACAACGCAAAGAGGAAGGAGGAAUUUCAGACCAGCCCGUGUCGCACUGGCGCUCCCGCCUGACGCUGAACAUCGUUGGUGACCAUUUCGUUUUUGACAGGGAACACCUCCCAAGUGAAGUGCACCACUACCUCCGAGUGUUUAAAAAUGGAAAGCAGAUGGUGUACCUACCUCUGCUUUUUGUUGAUGAACUCAGCAACCGUGUCAAGGAUCUCAUGGAAAUAAACAGCACUACCCUGGAGCUCCCUCUUACCAUCUCCUAUGACGCCAUUUCCCUGGGAAGACUGAGGUUCUGGAUCCACAUGCAGGAGGCCGUCUACCAUCUGCAACAGUUUGGCUUCACGGAAAAAGACUCGGAUGAGAUUAAAGGGAUCUUCACCGAUACGAACCUGUACUUUCUGGCUUUGACGUUCUUUGUCGCCGCGUUUCACUUGCUUUUUGACUUCUUGGCCUUCAAGAACGAUAUCAGCUUCUGGAAAGAGAAGAAAAGCAUGGUUGGGAUGUCGAGCAAAGCGGUGCUCUGGCGAUGUUUCAGCACCAUCAUCAUUUUCCUUUACCUGUUUGACGAGCAAACCAGUCUUUUAGUUCUCAUCCCAGCUGGUAUCGGCGCCGUCAUUGAGGUGUGGAAAGUGAAGAAGGCCUUGAAGAUUCAGGUGUUCUGGAAGGGAGUAAAACCGACUUUCCGGUUUGGCAAGUUGGACGAGUCUGAAAGAAGAACAGGAGAAUACGACACUCAGGCCAUGAAGUACCUCUCGUACCUUCUCUACCCACUGUGCUUGGGAGGAGCUUUGUAUGCGCUAAUUUUCCUGCGAUACAAAAGUUGGUACUCGUGGCUCAUCAACAGUAUGGUGAACGGUGUUUAUGCAUUCGGAUUCCUAUUCAUGCUUCCUCAACUGUUUGUCAACUACAAGUUAAAGUCGGUGGCUCACCUGCCGUGGAAGGCUUUUAUGUACAAGGCAUUCAACACCUUUAUCGACGAUGUUUUCGCCUUCAUCAUCACCAUGCCGACGUCCCACCGACUGGCCUGUUUCCGAGACGAUGUGGUCUUUCUCGUGUACCUCUACCAGCGAUGGCUUUACCCAGUGGACAAGACAAGAGUCAAUGAAUAUGGAAUUUCAUAUGACGACAAACCCAAAAGGAAAGCUCACAAGGACUGA